GCCGAGGUGGGUGUGGUGUGAGUGCCUUCACUUUGGGGAGGGGGCGUCCAAUGCUGUCUCUCCUCCCACCCUGCAUGCGCCGAGAUUUGGAGGCGGCUGCGGAGAGUGUGCCUGUGUUAAUUACAGGAGGCUGCAUCUGUUCCCCCCUAUACGGUGUGUGUGACACCUCUGGACCCCCGUCACCAUGGACUCAGCAGCAGCUGCAGGAAAGGACAUGAGUGAUGAUUAUAAUGACGACGUCCUGUCGGACAGCGAGAAGGAAUCCACGCCACCUAAAAAAAGAAGGUGUGGCCUGCGUGUUGCCCUGCAGUUUCCAGGCAAGAAGUGUGGAAACAAGGAGAGAAAGUCUUUCGGUGCUCCUCCUAAACCAAUGCCGUCCCCGCAAGCCAGGAAGAGGUCUGCCAAGGAGAGGAAGCCACAGAGCGGCAAAGAUGUAAAACCUCACUCUGAUUCAGAGGGAGAAAAUGACAAGUCCAAGCAGGAAAACUCAAGUGCAUUGCUUAAAAGGGCAAUGAACAUAAAAGAGAACAAAGCUGUGCUGGCCCAGCUUCUUGCAGAGCUGAACUCUGUGCCGGAGCUGUUUCCAAUGAAAACUACUACUCCCUCUAAGCAGAAAAAAACAAGCCGAAGAACGUUUUCUGAGGGCCCAAUUGAAAGGCGCACUAAUCCAACAAGGAGUGCCCGGCCACCAGAGAAUUUUGCAUUGGAAACGUUUACGGCAUCGGCGAUGCAGUUUGCAGAACAUCUCCAGAAGUAUGGGAAGAGAGCCUUCCUGAAGCGCACUUUAAGUGAUGAAGAACGAGAAGAAAUUCUGAAGAGGAGGCGAUCAUCCAAAUGCGGCUCAUACCGGGCUGUGGAAGACAUUACAGAGGAGGAGCUAGAGAAUGUGGCCGUGACCGUUAAGGACAAAAUUUACGACAAAAUAUUGGGAAGCACUUGUCACCAGUGUCGUCAGAAAACAGCAGACACCAAAACAUUCUGCCGCAAUCCUGGCUGUGGUGGCGUCCGAGGCCAGUUUUGUGGGCCCUGUCUACGAAAUCGCUAUGGUGAAGAUGUGAGAGAGGCCCUUUUGGACCCAGAUUGGAUAUGUCCUCCGUGCCGUGACAUCUGUAACUGCAGCUAUUGCCGCAAAAGAGAUGGUCGUUGUGCCACAGGGAUGCUUAUUCACUUGGCCAAAUUUUCCGGUUAUGACAAUGUUAAAGAAUACCUUGAAAGCUUACAAAAACGAUUGGCGGAAGACGACUGAAUCUGACUAGAAGAAAAGAGCUUGAAUUUUCAUGGGAUAAUGGCUUAAUCGCGUAACCAGACAUUUGAUAGCAUGUGUACUCUGCGCAGGCAGAGAGAAUACAUAUUCCAACAUUUUAUCACCAGCUGUAUCCUAAUAAUUAAGUUCCCCCAAUGGGGCUCAUUCAUAAGCAGAAUGAUCCGAACUUAGUCAAUAUGGUCAUUAUUUCAGGAUAUUUAUGUUGCCAGAUGGUAUAGUAGAAAACUCUCUAUAUCGUAUUAGGGCAUUUGCCAUGACUUCCAUAUAAAUUCAAGCAGAGAUAAGGGGCUAUGCCUAAAUUUUCAUAGGAAGGGGGAAUUCAAUUGUUGGUGAAGGGGGCGAUUUUCCGUGACAUUUAAGCAAUGGCAGGCCACUUCGCUCAAAAGUCACUUUUGAGCAACAUUGCUGUAAAGUGUGGUAGUGUCAGGUGGAUUCGCUGGGUUAAUCUGUCCAACACAUAAUUGGACCCUCUCUCUCCUCCAAACCCCCCCCCCCCCCCUUCCUUAAAAAUGAGUAUUUUAAUACAAGAGGGAAAUAUUGUUGUUCUAUAUAUCACCUUCUUUAAAAUCCUGGAGCUUAAUGAAUGUCUAAUUUUUUUAUAAAAAAAAAAAAAAAAAAAAGUUUUUAUUUUUAAAUACCACUUUUUUCUGUUGAUGAUAAUUACAUAGAGCUUUGUGCAUUAUCAGUGCUACUGCAAUUAAUGUCUUUUUUGUAUCUUAGCUGCUAUAUAACCUUGAAUAUGUUGACUUGUAAAUGCUUUACUUAUAAUUUUUAGAAGGUUUUUUUUUUUAUUUUUUAUAUUUCUAUAAUUUUAUAUGGAGGUAGUGCUUGGUGACAAUGACAUGUUAUGCAGGCCAGAAAUCAGCAGAGUUCUGUUCACAUUAGUUAAACUGAGGCUUAUAAAAAACUGAAAAUGGGUAGUUUCCAAAACCACCACCAAGCCACGUGCUGGGUAGUUCAUUUAAUAUUGCUGAUUCUGUGGUCAAGAGCUAAACCGUCAGUAACAAGGCCACGCCUGCAAGAACCCAUUUAGCUGGCUUCUCCUUGGAUUUCAGGUUAAAUGUCCAAACGUAAGUAGGACCUCUGAUCUUUGUUUUGUAUACAGGACAUUCGUAUACAUUCUUCAGCUCUUGUUUGUCCACUGGAAUGGCUCUGACGUAAAUGACAGGCAUAGAAGGGGUCAGCUCUUUGAGACGUGCCUCUGAUAUCACACCUGUCUGAAUGUCCCACCUGGCACCUGGGGAGAGACAGAAAUGCUGUAUGAUGGUCUGUACGUUACCUUUACAGAAUUAAAGUUCAUUUGAAAACCA